AGAGUGAGAGGUAUUUGUGAAUGAUGCCAAAGUCUAGUUCAAUAGUGUAAAGCGCAAAGACUGUGAAUUAACAAAUACUUAUCCAAACAGCAAUUUUGUUUCCUUUCUUUACUAAGGGCAUUUUUGGUAAUGAUGGUGGAUUAGGAUUUUCAGAGUUGGUAAAAAACCUUAUCAAGGAAAAAAAAACCUUCACACAGCUUUUUUGAAACAUAGGUAAAAAUCUCUCCUUUAUGAGCAUUCAUGAGUUCAAGAUCCAAACAGGUUUAGUUUCUUGAAUACAGAAAUUGUUUAAAUUACAUAGUAAUAGAUUAACUUUCUCAGCCCUAUGUGUCUCUAAUAUCAACUAUUUUGUGCCAGUCUUUCAACAAGCCAGAAACAACAUGAAGUGCUGCGCUAGUGAGUGGAGAUGCUGUGUUCUUCGUAGUAGCACUUACUGUGAAAGAGAACUUGUUUUCCUGAACUGCAGUAGCUUUCUCUGCAAAACCCGUCAGUAUUAAAUAUUAAAAGGGAAUAGAUUAAUUCAUUUCCAGUGGGAAUUCCUCAGUCACUUCAGGAAUCCUGCUGCCUUGGUCCAAUAAGCAGCAUUCUGUAUUAAUCUGCAAGGCAAAAAAUGGGUCUCAUUUUUUUUAGCCCAUGCAUUGUUAAAGAUUUUAGUCUAUUUCCAGAAACAGUAGGAUUUGUGGUGGGAUAUCUGUUCUGGGGGGUGGGGGUAGAUGCUGAUGUUGGUUCUGGUGGCUACUUUAAAGAAUUUUUUUCAAGUGACAAGGCUUAGCUUGAUGUGGUUUCCUCAGUAGUUUGUAAUAAGCUUUUUUUCUCAUUCACUUAGACUUACUGGUACUUAAUGUUUUCAUCCUAAAAGACACUAGUGAAAGUCUUUUCCAGCCAGAUUCACAUCUGUGAAAAUCAGGGUGACCACAAAGAACUUAAUACCUUAAUGGUGUGAGACACCAUUCCAUAUGUUACGAAAAGUGAGGUUAGUUCGUCUGAGGUAAGUGUUCUGAAUAGAUUCCACUUUGAUGGGCAAGGAUUUCCUCGCUGGAGUUUCACUAGGCUCAUGUGCAGUGCAGCUUUCUCACCACACCUCCGUGCUGCCUUCACCAUGGGAAGGGUUGGAUUUACUGCCCACUGUUCUGAACCAGCGCGAGUCUCUCACAGCAGCUUGUGAAUAUUUUGCCUUCAUUGGGGGGGGUGAAUCUCUUUUUCUACUCCUAAUUUUUUUUUUAAGGUAUUUCCCAUGUCUAUCACUCCUUUCACGGUUAUGAAGAUCAUCUAUCUUGAGCAAUUUGUGAUGGAGAUAAAUAAUUGCUACUGAACCAUGAAUGUGAAUUAGUUGUCACUAUUACUUGUGUUUUAAAAUUUCUUUAUGAUAGACUUCAAGGUAUUUUUGUGUGGAUAAAAAAGAGCAACGAUCAUACAUGAUUGUUUUGUGUUUCUGCUGAGGGUUCAAUGGGACAAGACUUUCUUACAUUUGUUGCUCUGAAUAUAUGAAACUGAUUCCAAAUAAAGGCAGUUCAUUUAAAGCAGAAAAAAAGAUCUAUGGAUGCAGUCUGUAUAAAUGAGUGGGAACUUGGCUGCUGCACAGAUGGCGUAACAAAGAAUUGUUUGGGGUAUUGGAUGUGUUCAAGGUGAGCCUUAGGUACAGACCAUAGUUACAGCAAGGAGAGCCAACAGUCCUAAACUUAAUGAAAAGAAAAUCAAGUGGUCAAGGUAAAACGUGGAGGCAGUUUAGUCAGGUGAUGAGCGGUCUGAAAGGUCCCAUAUUUGUGCAGCAGAAUGCAUCGUGCUGUAGGCAGCGUUCUACGGGAAUAAUUGGUGUGGAGAAUCUUAACGGCGUGUGGGGCCUUACGCUUCAGAAAAUGAAGACUGGCUCUUCUGUGUUGGACGUUUCUAAGUGUCUUCUCAUUGGUACUAUUGCGAGUGACUGUGUGCAAUGAAACAAUGAAAGUGAAGAUACUGUGUAUUGUUCCUUAUGUUAGCAAGCUACUGCUGCGUACAAGUUAGGUUAGAGAGUCACCCUUUAAACUCGUUACUCAAUUGAAACAGGAAAACAAACAAAACAUGUUUAUGUGAAUAUAUAACUUUUUUAAAAGGUAAUUUAUCUUUUUGAAUGGUUGUUGUAGCAUACUCUGUUUUCUAGAACAUAACAAACUGCUUUAGGCAGCUCAGCUGUUUGGAGAACUGCUGACUUUUGGGGCAUCUCUGUUAACUUUAGGUUUCAAUAUUUUUUAAAACGCUCUUUCUAGUCUAUUCAAAGAGCCUUUCCUUAGGAAUGGAAACGGCUAAGAAAGUGUGUGUCAGACUGUGCUUUUGCUUCAAGUGUGCAGAGACUUGGUUAACCCAACAGAAGAUCCUCUUAACUAAUUAAUUCACAUGUAAUGGGUUAUUGGGAAGCUCAGACUUAAGCACUUUGACCAAACUUUGUCUGUUUUGAGCGGAAUGUGUUUUGGUGUCCUGAGGCAUCUAUUACCUGCUCUGCAGAAUUACAUGGUGGUUCUGGAGUACAGUUGGUAAUACCAUGAACUCGGUUUUAUCUUAGUGAAUUAAAAGACUUAAGAGGCUUUGUUAACAGUCUUUGGGAAGGACUUAUUUAUUUUUUCCAACCACAUAUACAGCUUUUUUCUGGCCACUAAGCUGUGUUUUUCACAUCUGUACCAUGGAUUCUGAGCUGUAUCAUAGUAACAGGGAGCCCACUGUGAUGAGCUUUGAUUCCACGUCAUUGUGCGGAGCAAGUCUGUAGUUGCUGUACUCUGAACAGCUGUGCACUCCCUGCAGCAGCAGAGAAGACGGGAAAAAUAGUAUGUAAUAGAGAAAACUAGAGUGUUUUCUCUAUCUCCCUUGUUUUCUUUCUCCCAGGAGGUUCUUUCCUCUUCCCAGUUUAUCCUGGAUGGCAUUAGAGUGUAAUAAGUAUACCAGAAAAUGGUUGCUGUCCUCUUAAAAUAUCAUUUUACAUUUAAUUACCAAAGCAAAGUUUCUCUGUGGGACAGCUGGCAUUUGUAUGUUACUCAACAGGUCCAUUCUAAUGGCAGGAAAGCUUCCUCGUUUAGCAGCAGGAGCACAGAGAGAACAGACCCUUCAAAGGCUGAUUCCUGUGUAUUUUUUUAGCUAAAAGUCGUCUUUUCAAGUUGUCAGGUGGCCAGCUCUGGGACAUUUCACAGAGAUCUUUUUGUGUAGUCUCUAUUAAUAAGAUUAAUCCAUUUAAGCUCCCUGUAAAUGAAUAAUUUCCUCAAAAUCACUUGCUGAAGAAACAAAAAUCACUGGGUUUGGGCACCGCCUUUAUGCAAAAAAGAAAAAGUGCAGCGAUCUGCUGUCAUAUUCUAAUCCAUAAAUACAAAGUUAAGAUCAUAAUGUGUUUUAUGCAUAAGCACAUAUCUAUUAUUCCUGUUGGUUUUAUUGCAGUAAUGCUGCUAAUUGGCACUCAUCUAGUGUGGAACUUGGUGGUACUGAUACUGCUUUGCAGCAUCAAUUCAAGUUUUGCACAACAAACUGUGAAUGUUUCAGAAAAAGGUGAAGUGUUACCCAGCCAUCUCCAAAGGAAACUGCAGGCGUCAUUUGAUGCUGUCAAAACCUUCUUCAGGCCAGUGACGUGCCGUUACAGAGAUGAGCAAGUCUUAAUUCCUUGUAACCUAGGAGAGGGCCUUAACAAAACCGAAUGCUUGAAAAAUAAAUGUUGUCCUUCCAAAACCAGCCAUGACCUGACCUGUUACAUGCCAUUCAAUGACAAUAUACAACUGAUAUUUCGAGUGCUUGUGCUUGCAGCAGGAGGAUUUUUGACUUUGGGGUGUCUGCCAUUCUGUUGCUUUGCCUGUUUGCAGAGAAGUCCAUGUGUCAAUCCUUUACAAAGUGCGAACAAGGAAAUAGCUCAAACUAUGCAGAAGAAAAGAGCAUAUAAGGAUGACCUUACUCGACGUUUACUGGAAUGACUUAAGAAAGACUCUUAAGGACCAUAAGAACAAAAAAAAGAGAAACAUCCAUCUGAUCUUGAAGACCUUGAGCAGAAGGCCACCAGGAUUACUUGAGUAUGCCCCAGGAAAUGAGAUGUUUUGUUUUAGUAUCAGUAAUACAAUGUUGUCAACCCUUGAUAAUGCUAUUGAUUUUGCAAUGGAAGUUCUUCAUUUCUGGUUUCUCAUGCUCAUUCCUUAUCUCCUGUACAAAAAAGGCUGGUAACACUGAAAGGCAAAACUGCUCAUUGCAACUCCUGAAUAAUAAAGCCAGUCUUCUUUUAUUAAUAUAGCAUCUCUGUGGAGGGACAUAAAGAUACCAGAUAAAUGCCCAUCUCAGUUUAGAGGUCAGUCUUAGAAUAUUAUCUGGAUUAAGAAGAGAGUGUUGUCACUCAUUAAAUCGACAGCAAGCUUUAAAGAUAAGCUUGGCAAAAAUACUAAGUACUUGAGGAAACUGUGGUAGUGUUUUCUCUGGCAUUGUUUCUCUCCACGAUACAUCGCUGCACCACAGAACUUUCUUUGAUCUUAAGAUGACCUGUCUCCCAAGGUAGGUGAUUUCAAAAUGGAAUCUCUUUCUGUUUCUUUGAAGAGUAGCAAAAAUAAAAGAAACAAACAUGUAACGGUUUCAGCAUCUGACUGCAAAGUAAGAGUGAGCGCCUGUGGGGGACUACGGUGGGUCCAUAGAUUCCCUGACAGAGGGCAUGGGAACAGAAAUUAGCCUUGAAGAUAUGAAGGCCCACCUGUGAGAAAGAUGGGAGUAAAGGAGUAUCCGGAGAUGUUAAGGAUGUACCCAUGAGAGAGAAGGGAGUAGAAGAGUAACAUUGAUGAUAGCAAAAUUAGCCAAUGAGAUGUUACUGCUGUAACUUGUAACCAAUAAUGAAGAGACACAUUAAUUGGUAAAACUGUAUAAAAAUGCACUUGUGGCAAUAAAUGGCACCUACUACUUUCAUCCUGGAAGAACUUGGUCUAUGUCGUUUGUCCGUCUCGACCACGACAAGCGCCUAAAAGAAUGUCAUCAGGAAUCAGUAUCACACAUAACAAUGCAGUCACUGGUCAUUUUUCUUUAGAUCUGUAAAGUCCAUGUAGCAGAAUUUCCAAGAGCUACAACUGGGAUUAACGGAGCUUUGCUCCUAAACUGGCAAACAAGCGUUAUGUGUGAUUCUUAUAAACUCUGUGUACUUUCAGGAUUUCAUUUAAUACAUUUUUCUUAGUUUCAUCAGUUGUAAAAAAAGGCAUAAUUUUAAAUCCAAGUAUAAUAGGGGUGGAAUAUGCAUAUGUGCAAUCUCAUGAAGUUGUGGGAGUACUUACUGAUAGAUAUAGCUAUAUGCAGGAGCUUUAAAACCUGGUAUUGCAACCAUUGCCACUAGCAUUGUAUUAAUAUUACAGAUUAUUUCAUUAUAAUUUUGUAAAUAAAAGUAUUAUGAUGUUUU